AUGAAUACACAAGUGCUCUCCAAAUACAUUGAAUCAAAGGAUGAAGAUGAACAAUUGUUGAUUUUGUAUCAGGUGUUUAAAAAUUAUGAUUUGGACGGAAAUAAUGCGAUUGAUAAGAGGGAAUUGAUUCCAUUCUUUAUGGAUUUUUUGAAGGUAUUGGGAAUGGAUCCAUCUUCGAUUACUCCGGAUGAUGUCAAGAAAUUUAUGAGUGGAAUUGAUUCGGAUGGAAAUGGUACAAUAUCAUUUGUAGAAUUUACUAAUUGGUUUAAAGAUGCAGUGUUAGGAUUGAUUCCUCCAUCAAAGAAAAAGAAGAAGAAGAGAACUCUUCUCGAUUCAUAUCUUGCUGAAAAGAAUACCACCAAACAAGUUGAAGUUUUACAAUCAAUUUUCAGAAAGUACGAUACUAAUGUGGAUGGUAAAAUAGAUAGAGAUGAAUUUGAUCAAUUCUUAACAGAUUUAUUCAAACAAUUUGAAUUGGGAAUACCAAGUGGAGAUCAUGUAACAUACUUCUUCGAUGUAAUUGAUACUGACAAAUCUGGUGGAAUAACCAUUAACGAAAUAGAUGUUUGGUUACGAGAGAAUAUUGAAAAGUUCACUCAUUAA